AUGUCUCAUUCUACAGGCAGCUCUAGCUCAAGUUCCAGCUCGACAAGCGAAGACGAAGUCCAUGUUGAAAUCGAUGAGCAAGCUUAUGAUUCGGGUGAAGAACUGAUGUUAUUGGUUCUUCAACAACACCAACAACUUAUGGAAGCAUAUCAGAGGAGGGACACGCGCAGAAGAAGGUUCGUCCAAAGAAAUCGUGAAGCCGGGCAUGAGAGACUCGUCAAUGAUUAUUUCUCUAUAACCCCGGUAUAUCACGAUGAAAUAUUUCGAAGACGAUUUCGAAUGCGAAGAGAGUUAUUCCUCCGCAUAGUGAAUGCAUUAGAGAAUCAUUCAGUAUUUUUUCAACAAAGGGACGAUGCUGUACGAAGAAAAGGGUUGUCACCACUACAAAAAUGCACCGCUGUGAUUCGUCAAUUGGCUUACGGAGUCCCCGCCGAUCAUCUUGACGAGUACCUACGUAUGGGUGAAUCAACUGCCAUCAGGUGCCUUUUCAAGUUCUGCGAAUACGUUGUUGAAAUAUUUGGUGAUAGGUACUUGAGAAGGUCAAAUGCUGAUGAUGUUCAACGUCUUCUUCAAAUGCUUGAUGAGAGACAUGACUUUCCUGGCAUGUUAGGUAGCCUUGAUUGUAUGCACUGGAAAUAG